AUGCCUCAGCCGUCGUUGCUGCUGGAGGGCAAGAAGUUCAUGAGGGUCAAGGAAGAGUCGCGCCAUGUGGUGGAUGCGCUGAUGAUCUUCAAGGACGGCAUCCGCCCGGAGUGGGAGGAUGCAGUGAAUGCCACCGGGGGCCACUUCACGUUCCAACUGAAGGCAGCAAUUGGUGGCGGGGUGAUUGAUGAGUACUGGAACAACAUUGUCCUCGGCGUGAUCGGAGGGUUCGUUGAGCCGGACAUUGUGACGGGCUUGCGCCUGGUCGAUAAGUUGGGGAACAAGAGACAGCCACACCUCCGCAUCGAGGUCUGGUUCUCCAACGUUGCAGACACGGAGAAGGUGGACAAGCUGCAGCAGAGCCUCGAAAAGUGCAUGAAGCUGCGCCUCGAUGGUGUGGAAAGACAGCCUGCUUGGGGAAAAGUCGAACGAACCUCGCACGCACCGCAGGGCAAGUGA